UAUAUACAUGCAAACAUCCCUCCUGAAGAGAACUUCAAACCUCAAAAGCAACGGUCAAAUAACGGUCCUUUGGCUUGGUUUCAUCUUCUUCUCUCUGAUGGGGAGGGAUGAAGCCUCUUUGGCGCCAUUGUUCCUCCGCCUUGAAACUAUUCUCUCCCGCCCCCUCUUCUAAGCCUUUCCAAACCUCCACCGUCUCCAUCAUCCCAGAGACUCCAUCCAUUGCCCAUCUCUCCCUCCCCACCAGACCACUCGCCAGUUCCAAUCUCUUGUCCUUCAUCACCUCCCUCCAAUCGCUCACCCAACACCAUGCUUACCUCCUCAAAUCUGCACUUGCUCAUCAGCCUCCUUUUCGCAAUCAUCUUCUCUUGCUCUACUCCAAUUUCCACUCCCUGACCUUUGCCCGUAAGCUGUUCGAUGAAAUUCCCACACCAGAUCUUGUUUCUUUCUCCACGCUUAUCUCUGCCUGUGUUCACCAUGGACUUUGUCGUGAUGCCAUCCAAUGCUUUGUAAAAAUGAGAUCUUUUGGAAUAUCUAGUAAUGAGUUUACUUUCCCCAGUGUCCUUAAGGCUUGCUCUGCCACCUCUGACCUCAAAGCUGGUUUGCAAGUUCAUGCUUUUAUUGUUCUGACUGGGUUUGAAUCUGACGUUUUUGUUGCCAAUACGCUUUUGGUGAUGUAUUCCAAUUUUGGGUGCGUUGUGGAUGCUCGGAAGAUCUUUGAUGGGAUUCCUGACUCAAAUGAGGUCUCAUGGAAUGCUAUGUUCUCAGGAUAUGUCAAGAAUGGCUGGUUUGAGGAUGCGAUUGGGUUGUUCAGGGAGAUGGUGUUGGGUGGGGUGAGGCCUAAUGAAUAUGGGUUUUCAAGUGUGCUCAAUGCUUGCACUGGAUCUCAGGACAUGUGCAGGGGGAGGAUGAUUCAUGGAUAUCUAAUUCGGCUUGGGUAUGAUUCAGACCCAUUCACUGCUAAUGCUUUGGUUGAUUUGUAUGCAAAAUUGAGGAAUGUGGAGGCUGCUAGUAUUAUUUUCAGAAGGAUGUUUCAGCCUGAUAUUAUUUCUUGGAAUGCUUUCAUUGCAGGAUGUGUUCUUCAUGGGCAUGAGAGCUGGGCUUUGGAUCUGUUCAUGGAGAUGAGAGAUUCAGGCAUGCUUCCUAAUAUGUUCACACUGUCAAGUAUUCUGAAGGCUUGUGCAGCGAAAGGGAAAUCAGUUUUGGGGCGACAGAUACAUGGUAAUCUGAUCAAGGUCGGCUUUGAGUCAGACAAAUAUGUGGCUGUUGGCCUUGUUGAUAUGUAUGCAAAAGGCUAUUACAAAGAGGAGGCAAAGAAAACUUUUGAUUCUAUUCCACGGAAGGAGCUAGUUAUGUGGAAUGCAAUAAUAUCCGGAUAUGCACAUAGUGGGAAUGAUGCAGAGGCCUUGUCCUUUUUCAUUGAGAUGACAAAGGAAGGUUUUAGCUUCAAUCGGACCACUCUGACUGCUGUUCUCAAAUCAACUGCUAGCCUAGAGGAUCUCAGUUUAAGCAAACAGACGCAUGGACUUGCAGUGCAGACAGGAUUGGCAUCUGAUACUUAUGUUGUAAAUGGUCUCAUUGAUGCAUAUGGAAAGUGUGAUUGCAUAGAGGAUGCAGGAAGGCUAUUUGAGGAAUGCUCUUAUCUUGAUGUGGUAUCGUUUACAUCAAUGCUCACAGCUUACUCACAGAGUGGCCAAGGGGAGGAGGCUGUGAAGCUCUUUGUGGAGAUGCUGCAUAGGAAGCUCAAGCCAGAUUCCUAUGUCUAUAGUAGUCUUCUCAAUGCUUGUGCUAGUUUAUCUGCUUAUGAGCAAGGCAAACAAAUACAUGUUCAGGCUUUAAAGCUGGGGUUUCUGUGUGAUGUGUUUGCAGGGAAUGCACUUGUCAACAUGUAUGCCAAGUGUGGAAGCAUUGAUGAUGCAAACUUAGCCUUUUCUGAGAUACCAGAACGAGGGGUAGUAUCUUGGUCUGCUAUGAUCGGUGGGCUCGCUCAGCAUGGGCAUGGAAAGGAAGCAUUGGAUUUGUUCCAUAAAAUGCUGGAUGAGGGGGUGCCUCCAAAUCACAUAACUCUGACUAGUGUUCUUUGUGCCUGCAAUCAUGCGGGUCUACUUAACGAGGCCAAACAUUAUUUUGACUCAAUGGAAGAGAUGUUUGGUGUUAAACACACCGAAGAACAUUAUGCCUGCAUGAUUGACCUUCUUGGACGUGCCGGGAAAUUAGAUGCAGCCAUGGAGCUAGUGAACAGCAUGCCAUUUGAAGCCAAUGCGGCAGUAUGGGGAGCACUCCUAGGGGCUUCUAGAAUUCAUGGAAAUAUAGAGCUGGGUAGACGUGCAGCUGAGAUGCUCUUUGCUCUUGAACCAGAGAAGUCUGGAACCCACGUGUUGCUAGCAAACAUGUAUGCUUCUGCAGGAAUGAUGAAAGGUGUUGCUGAAGCUAGAAGACUGAUGAAAGAUAGCAAGGUGAAGAAAGAACCAGCCAUGAGUUGGGUUGAAUUGAAAGAUAAAGUUCACACCUUUAUCGUCGGAGAUAGAAGCCAUGAAAGGACUGAAGAGAUAUAUGCAAAGCUUAAGGAGUUGGGUGAUUUGAUGGGUAAAGCUGGUUAUGUGCCAAUGGUGGAAAUUGACCUCCAUGAUGUCGAACGAAGUGAGAAGGAAGUGCUUCUCUCCCAACACAGUGAGAAGCUUGCAGUCGCAUUUGGAUUGAUUAGCACUCCUCCUGGAGCCCCUAUUAGAGUGAAGAAAAAUCUCCGAAUUUGCAAAGAUUGUCAUGUGGCAUUUAAGUAUAUAUCCAGAAUAACUUCUAGGGAAAUUAUCAUUAGAGAUAUCAACCGGUUUCAUCGUUUCACAGAUGGAUCAUGUUCUUGUGGGGAUUAUUGGUGACUAAUCUGGAAAGACUGAUUCUCCAUAACAUCACAUAGCCACCAACAAGGUACAAUUUAAAGGACAACUAAACACAUACUGUGACAUGCAAACAUAGAAGAAGAAAAUUCACACAAGCAGAAGAAUAACAACAAAUCAGGCUUAAGAAGAUCCAUGAGACAACAUGGCCUUCCUGAGUUCAGCAGC